AAACAUUUGAAUACGGCUUUCUGCAACACCAGCAGCAGCAUGGUUAAGUAUUUGAAUCAAAAAGAGGCCAUCAAUGUCGACCUAGAGCUCUUCAACGAGUACAAGUUUAGCGUGGAUCAGUUAAUGGAACUAGCCGGUCUAAGCUGUGCGCACGCUAUAACCAAAUGCUUUCCGGCCGAUCGGUUUGGCCGUGUCCUCGUCUGCUGCGGUCCUGGCAAUAACGGUGGCGAUGGGCUGGUCUGUGCCCGCCAUCUGGCUCUGAUGGGUUACACACCAGCCAUUUAUUAUCCGAAGCCAACAGCAAAGCCACUUUUCGAAAAUCUGUCGCAUCAGUGUCAACGCAUGGAGAUCUGCCGCAUUGACGAGUGUCCCACAGUGGAGACGUCUGCCAACAGUUACGAUUUAAUUGUGGAUGCCCUUUUCGGAUUUAGCUUCAAGCCGCCGGUGCGCGUAGACUUUGUACCCGUCGUGGAACUGUUGCAGCAGACAAAGUUGCCGAUUGCCAGUGUGGAUAUACCCAGUGGCUGGGAUGUGGAGAAUGGUAAGCUCAACGAUUGCGAUCUGGAGCCGACCCUGCUCAUCUCACUGACGGCUCCCAAGCUAUGCGCCAAACACUUCAAAGGCAAGCAUCACUUUUUGGGCGGACGCUUUGUGCCGCCGGCUCUGCAGCGCAAGUACGAGCUAAAUCUACCUGAGUAUCCAGGCAAUGAGCUGUGCCUUGAAUUAGAAACACAUAAAUAAUAUAUGUACAUAUAUUUUGAACAGCUGUAAAUAAUUGAAAUCAUUGUAAAUGUUCAAAAUU